UUGCAUGAUAACCAGGGGCAGGUCGACUGCUAGCAAGCAGAUCAUCAUCAGCACCAUCAUUUAUUUAUUUGUUUAGGAUGCAAGUGUAAAUUUUACGUCAGCAGGAGACAUGACGUGCAGGUAGCAGGCGGUCGGGCGCCGACACGGAGGCGUAGUGUGCGUACGUGUGAGAAAGUGAAAUCGCUCCACGCGUCCGGGGCUCAGUGUGGCGAGGGGGGCCGCGCGCCGGAGCCAUGGCUACUGCGGCUAGCGAGCCGAGCGCGCGCGGCGAGCGCGAGCGCGGGAUCCCGGCCUAGUGCUCAGGCAGAUCCGCUUCCACAAAUCGGCAAAAACACGCGCUAUGUGUCACAAUCCGCGCUCGCAACGCUUGUCUUUGCCGUGACCGACAUGUAAAUGGACGGAGCCAUGACAGUAUGAAUCAGUCAUACGAGCUGACGAUCAGGGACGCAUUGGAGUGCUGCUCCAGCCCGCUGGAGCUCCAGGCGCCCGUCGGCUCAAUCUCGCCCCAUGGAAACCAGUACGGCCCCGAUCUCGGACCUGAGCAGCUGUCUGCGGCCCCUCCCUUCAAACCUGCGCCCGCUUUUCCGUACGGUCAGCAUGACCCCUCGUCCCGCUCCUACAGCCCCCUGAGGAGGCUCCAGGAUCUGACCUCCAUGGUGAGCCGGCCUGAUCUCGGCUCGCCCGACGGGGACCCUCAGGGCCCCAGGAAUGAUUUGCACACAUGGAAUCCCAUGGGGAGGUAUGACUUCAGUCCCGCCCUCACCCACACCUCCCCUUCUUCGGGCAGAAAUGAGACUUACUUGCCCAAUCGUCUGGAGAGGAGCACCUGCUUCUCACCCCCAAGCCCAGACUUUGGCCUGGAACACGCCGGCGCCAUACCCAACGGUUACCUGCACUUUGAAUCAACCUUGUUUGAGAACGGCGAAGGCAAGGAGGAGGACCGGACGGCUGUACAUUCGAAACGCCCUCCGAAGAGGGACCGUGCGGCAAGCACUUCCUGCGGUGUGAGGAUGGGCCCGGCUGCGGACGCUUUCAACCCCACUGCUAGAAAUGGGUCCAGGGCAACCAAGUUCAUAAGCGAGCAAUCCCCACAUCCUGGUGGUCCUGACGAGGACACGGCAGGUCACAGGGUGAUCUCCGGAGGGGGUGUGGGCAGAGCUAAUGUUGCGCUCUCCCUCAGAAACAGUCCCCCUGAGCGAAGGACUGAGAGCUCGAGCAAGGAGCCGUCCCAAAGCCCAGCUGAGCAUGGCAGCGCCUCUCCCAGCAACUCUAGUACCAGUCCUACUAGCAGUCCAAAAAACAAGCCCCCACCGGUGGUGAAGUUCAAAGAGGGUGACCUGGUGUGGGCCAAGUUCAACCGUAGACCGUGGUGGCCUUGUCGGGUGACCAUCGAUCCACUUGAAGGAACAUACUUCAGAGCAAAAGAUUCCAAAGACAGGCCCUGUCGCCAGUACUUUAUCCGGACACUGGGGGAAAUCAUUGAUCAGGCUUGGGUGCCUGGGAGGGCAACUCAGCCCUUUGAAGGAGGCUACCAGUUUGACAAACUCCCUGUACUUCGAAGGAGAGGAAGGCAAAAGGAUGAGAACUACAAAUAUACGAUACCCAAGCGCUUUCAUGAGUCAUGGAAUGCCAGUGUGCUAGAGGCAGAAACAGCCCUCCUACAAGCAUCAAAGAAGACCCUUUUCAUUGCCUCCGCCUUGAAUAAGAGCCGCACGGAAGGUUCAGUAUCAAGGAAAGAGGAUAGGGCAUCCGCAUGUUCUCCCUGUGCUUCAGUACCUGUGGUAUCCCUCACUUCAGAGCACCUUUCCAAUGGACAAAUUGGGUCUUCCAAGAAGCCCUCAAAGACAUCCGAGAGUCAGAUUCCUCGAGUUAGAAAGAAAGUGACGAACUCGCCAAAAACCAGCAGUGCUAAAAAGGGGGCCUCAGGUACAAAGAAUCUGCAUGGAAAAAAGGAUGAAUCUGAAAAAGAACCAGACUGCCAGUAUUCCAGCAUGGACUCGGUACCAAGGGCCGAGUGCCCUAAAACUGUUGAGCAGCUUUCAAAGUCUAAAGUUAAUAGCCAGUCUUCUUUACAUUCUGGGACCGAGGUGAAGGAAAAAGCAGCAGAAAAGAAUGUAAAAGGCCUGUUGCAUAAUAGGACCAGCAGAGGGUGUGCUGAAGAUGCCAAUGGUGUGGCCUCUGACUCGGAUAACGGCUCUUGCAAUAGAUCAUCCUUUAGCAGAAUAACUACAUCAUUUGACAGCCUAAAACAGCAGAACUCUAGUCUUCAGGGCAUUGGAGAUGUGCCUAAAUUGUCCACCAAACCUCUGGAUAGACGGGUUGCAUGCCUUCCGGCCAGCAACCGCUUAAUGACAAGAGCUCUGAAGGCCAUGGAAGAGGCAAAUCUUAAGGAGAGGUUGCUCUCCAGUCAAAGUUCUGAGUCCGUUAUGUCAAAUGGGCAUGACUCUGUUGCGUCCAGAAUUUCUGAAAAGUCAGAAUCUGGAAGCUGUGCCAAAAUUAAGUCAGUCAGAUCCUCAAACAGUGAUCAGACCCAUGUUAGUGCAGCUUCAAGUUACAGCUUGUCUAACACUUCCCUAAAAUCUACUAAUGUCGAAGACCAUAAAUGCAAUAAGACUUUGAUAAAAUUGGAAGAACAAGGCUGCUUAAUCUCUGGAGAGUCUCCAGAUUCUUUUGCUGCGAAUUCUGCCCGUGUCAAAAAAGAUAGUUGUGUAUCUGAUGUUUCCUCGUGUUCCUCACCAUCAUCCUCAUUAUUGUUAAUAGAUGCCCUACAAGAUGUUGAAGAGAUAACAUUCAAGUCUUUGACUAGCGAAGGUGGUGACUCAGGUAAACCAGUCACCUUUCGACCCAAUGCAAACUUCAAGUUCAGUACUUUUUUAAUGCUGCUAAAAGACAGGCAUGAUAGUCGAGAGAAGGAUGGCACUCCUUUCGUACUGGAUCCAGGACCUUCUAGAGCUCUUAUGAAGGAAGAGCCUUCUGUGAUGCCGCCACAACCAGGAGGCAUGUCAGUGGAUGGGUUACUGCAAGGAAGCGGUCAGUAUGAGCAGCUAUGGGCUGCUAGUUAUGGAGCGCAGAAUGGAAUUAAAGGCCGGUCUCCAGCUUCGAAAUUUGCACAUCCCAAACCAAAACAAGUAAGGCCCAGGCCCGUGCUUCAGAAAGACUCAAGCCCAUCUCAGACUUUGAAGAAGCGACCCAAAAAGAGUCGGCCAUCAGCUGCCAAGAACCAGAGUGGCGCGAACGUGCCUUUUGAGCUGGCCGAACAUGCUUAUGGAAGUGGAUCCCAAGGCUCCAGUCUAAAUAGUGUUGCAAACGUGGCCCCAAAGAAGCGCUGGCAGAGUUUUGAGCCUGACACGGGGACCACGACACAGGAGGAGUAUGGUGGCAGUAGAGCGAGUCAUCGAAGCCUGUUUAAGGUGCCUUCUGAGCCAAGCGGCAUCAGAAGCACAGCAUGUGGAUCAGACCCUUCCAGGUGCUCUCAGCAAAAGAACGAGCUCCAAAACAAAGAGACUAUCACCUCUGUGAGUGAUGGUCAAGAGGCUCCUUUGGCACAUCUGCAAAAUAAACGGCAGAGAAAACCAAGUAAAAGACUGAUAGAGUGCACGGAAGAGUACGAUCAGAUUUACUGCAAGAAGAAGACUAAGAAAACCUCUGAGCCUUCGAAAAAGGUAUCUGAGUCUAAUAUCCCCAGUACAGAUCAGUUGUCAUCAGAGAAGGUCAUACAAGAUCUUUGCAGCUCACCGACAGAGAUGCAAAUCCCACCCCCUGAGGAGCGGUCCAAAGGUCUGACAGGACAGUCUCCUCCCCAAGAUGGUCAUGCCAUGUCCAUCAGCUCUCUAACCCCACCCCCAGAAGCUGUUCCUUCUCCCGAUGAGGGAUCAGCAGGGAGUCUGACCAAAACAAAACAGUGUCUAGAAUCAGUGUGUCAGAACAAGAAGAGACAGAGGAAGCCUACACAGAAGAUUCUGGAGGGCACCAUUGAGGCGGAGCCCAUUACGGUCCCAAAGAAGAAGAAGUGUAGGGAACAUGGUAGAGAGGCAGAGACAGAGGCUGGACUCCAGGACUAUCAGGAAGUACUGACUGAGGUUAAGUCUGGGAGGAAAGAAGUGCCUGUACCCAGUUUAUCUACUCAUGCUGCUUAUUCAGGCUCUGCGCAGCCCUCUGCUAAACUGAAGGAGGUUAACCCUGAGAUGGAAACGCACAUACCCCAGAAGGAUGGCUCCGGCCCCGACGGCUUGGAUGAGGACAAACACCAUGACUCCGCUUCAGCAGGAGCUGCUGAGGAUGAGUUCCAUUCCUCAGAGGUUUUCGGAAGUUAUGACGACCUCCUUUCACCCAUGAAGGAUGACUCUUUGUUCGGCGAGAUGGCUCUCUCCUCAAACAAGAAGCUGCCUGGAGAGAAGGGGGGCGCAGCUUCCUUGAAGGAAAACGUUUGUCAGGUAUGCGAGAAGACGGGUGAGCUGCUGCUGUGCGAGGGCCAGUGUUGUGGGGCGUUUCACCUGCAGUGCAUCGGCCUCACCGAGACACCCCAGGGCAAGUUUGUCUGCCAGGAAUGCACUACCGGCCUGCACACCUGCUUUGUGUGCAAGAAGCCAGGGCAGGACGUCAGACGGUGCAUGGUCCCGGUGUGCGGCAAGUUCUACCAUGGGGAGUGCGUGACCCGCUACGCCCCAACCGUGGCCCAGGGUCGUGGAUUCCGCUGCUCCCUGCAUGUCUGCCUGGCCUGUUACAUCACCAACCCUGCCAACCCAUCCGUUUCCAAAGGUCGCCUGACCCGCUGCGUGCGCUGCCCCGUGGCCUACCACGCCAACGACUACUGCAUUGCUGCCGGCAGCAUCAUCCUGGCCAACAACAGCUUCUUGUGCCCCAACCACUUUACGCCCCGCAAGGGCUGCCGCAACCAUGAGCACGUCAAUGUGAGCUGGUGCUUCGUCUGUUCUGAAGGGGGCAGUCUUCUCUGCUGCGAGUCGUGUCCUGCUGCAUUUCACCGCGAGUGUCUGAACAUCGAUAUGCCCGAGGGCAGCUGGUUCUGCAACGACUGCCGUGCCGGCAGGAAACCGCACUACAAAGAAGUGGUUUGGGUCAAAGUGGGGCGAUACAGGUGGUGGCCUGCUGAGGUCAGUCACCCCAAGAACAUUCCAGCCAAUAUCCAGCGCAUGAAACAUGAUGUCGGGGAGUUUCCGGUGCACUUUUUCGGCUCCAAUGAUUACCUGUGGACCUAUCAAGCCCGUGUGUUUCCCUACAUGGAGGGUGAUGCUAACAGCAAAGACAAAAUGGCAAAGGGUGUGGACUCCAUCUACAAAAAAGCUCUUCAGGAAGCCGCUCAGAGGUUCCAGGAACUGCAGGCAGAGAAAGAACUGAGACAGCUCCAGGAAGACCGCCGGAACGACAAGAAACCCCCUCCGUAUAGACACAUAAAGGUGAACCGGCCAAUAGGAAAGGUGCAGAUCAUCACAGCCGACCUCUCAGAGAUCCCGCGAUGCAACUGCAAGGCGUCCGAUGAGAACCCCUGUGGCCUGGACUCAGAGUGCAUCAACCGCAUGCUGAUGUACGAGUGCCAUCCACAAGUGUGCCCAGCCGGCGAGCGCUGUCAGAACCAGUGCUUCACCAAGCGCCAGUACUCACCGGUGGAGAUCUUCCGCACCCUGGCGCGUGGCUGGGGCCUACGCAGUGUCUCCCACAUCAAAAAGGGUGAUUUUGUGAGUGAGUAUGUAGGAGAGGUGAUUGAUGAGGAGGAGUGCCGUGCACGGAUCAAGCAUGCCCAGGAGAACGACAUCUGCAACUUCUACAUGCUGACCCUGGACAAGGAUCGCAUCAUCGAUGCUGGACCCAAGGGGAACCAGUCCCGUUUCAUGAACCACAGCUGCCAGCCCAACUGCGAGACCCAGAAGUGGACAGUGAAUGGAGACACGCGAGUGGGGCUCUUUGCACUGACGGACGUCCCACCUGGCACAGAGCUCACCUUCAACUAUAACCUGGAGUGUCUGGGCAAUGGGAAAACCGUGUGCAAGUGCGGGGCACCAAACUGCAGCGGCUUCCUAGGAGUGAGGCCAAAGAAUGCAGAGGACAAGGCGCGCAAGUUGAAGAAGAAGUCUCCUGUGAAGCGCAAGGCGCAACCGGAGGUGACCAAGGAGCGUGAGGACGAGUGCUUCAGCUGCGGUGAUGGGGGCCAGAUCGUCUCCUGCAAGAAACCUGGCUGCCCCAAGGUCUACCACGCUGACUGCCUCAACCUGACCAAGAGGCCAGCAGGGCGCUGGGAGUGUCCGUGGCACCAGUGUGACGUGUGUGGGAAGGAGGCGGCCUCCUUCUGCGAGAUGUGCCCAAGCUCCUUCUGCGAGAGCCACCGCGACGGCAUGCUCUUCAUCUCCAAGCUGGACGGGCGCCUAUCCUGUAGCGAGCAUGACCCAUGCGGCCCUGAGCCGCUGGAGCCUGGGGAGAUCCGUGAAUACCUGCCCAAGCCACCCACACUGGCGCCUCAGGGAAUGACAGGGGUUGGGGGUGGGGCUGCGCACGGUGCCGGACCAGCGGGCUGCUCCUCUCGUAUGAGCAUGCCAAACACCUUCCAACUUGGCGGUGAAAUGAGGCCUACGGUACCCAAACUCAUCCCCAGCCCUGCCCCCUCCCUCCGCCCUGCAGCGCCGGGUACCUUGGUACAGGUGGACAGCACCCGCAACGGUCCAAAUCCCACAUACUCACCCAUAUCCUCCUGUGAAGAUGGUAGAGAGGAGGACGAGGAGGAGGACGACGAUGAUGACGAGGAGGAGGACGAGGACGACGACGAGGAGGAGGAGGACGACGAUGAGGAGGAGGUGGUACUGCAGCAGGAGGGAGAUGGAGAGGGAGAAUUGAAGGACGGGGAUGCAGAGAGCCUGGCUGAGGGAGUUGCAGAGCUGGAGGUGGGGGAUGCGGAAGGGCCAGACACAGAGGAGGCUCUUGAGGAGGAGGAUGAUGAGGAGGAUGAGGAGGAGGAUGAUGACGAGGAAGAAGAAGAGGAGGAGGAGGAGGCGGAAGCGAAAUGAUCUGCUCGCGUCCUGUCAGCCCCAGGUGUUUGCACUUCAGAUCUCACACUACACACACCUUACAGGGUGGGGACCGAGAGGCACAGCGGGGGCUCUCUGCAUGUGACUCGUCCACUGGCCUCCCGGACAAUACCGGGGUAUCGCUAACCCUGCCCCUGGGGAAGGGAAAGGCAGGCGGGCCUCAAGCAUCUGCUCCACAAAUGUUCUCGCGUGUACGGUUUUGACUUUCUUUUUUUUUUUUUUCUUUUGGUUGUUACAUUCAAACAAGUUUACAUUUUAAACUCCUAGAAGAACUAUCACAACGCCCUCAGAACUCUUGUACCUGCACCGAUGGGAGGGAUCCCACACCCGGGAGUCUGUGGGCGCGGCGACGGCGCCCAGGAAAGGAAAAGCUUUUCCUUGGUUCACAUGGAACGUUGAAGGGUUUGCGCUGCACAUAUACACUGGUUUUAGUAUUUAAACACAUUUCUGCGUUGCACAUAUUGCCAAUUCCACAGAACGGAUUCCGUGUAUCCUGGAAAACUAUAUAUAUGUAUCGCCACCACCGUCUUAAUCCAUAAAUAGAGUAAACCCCUGUAAUGCAACGGAGGUCACUGCCUGUCCUUUGUUUAAAGUAUUUAAAUCAUGAUAUGGGGUUGAUUUUCUAACUUUUUAUAAUGCAAGACUGGUUAUCAUACAGACUGGGGGACCGAAGAGGUGCUGUAUAUCAUCAGAUCCUGUCGCUGACCCACUAGGAUGACACCCCCCCACAGUGGGAUCACUGGUCUAAGACUGACUUUCAUAUUUUCAACAUUCCAUAUGUAUGUAAUGGCUCAUUUCUAGUACUGCAUGGGUCCUCAUUUAUUUUUUCCUCCAUUGAUUAAUAGUGAUUUUUUUUUUUUUUUUUUUUGGGUAUG